AUGUGGUGGGACACGGCUUCCGGUACGUUUACUUUAAGGCUCUCAAUCCAGUUUACUGAAAAACUGCAGGCGGGCAAGUCAUGCACAACGAAGCAAAACCUACUUCGGAUCCUGAUGAGCAUCUACGAUCCCAAGGGUUUGCUUGGGCUGUUUCUGAUGUAUCUGAAAGUUCUCCUGCAAGAGAUAUGGCGCUCCGGAAUAGGAUGGGAUCAGGAGCUGCCUGACCAACUGGCGGAAAAGUGGUUAAUUUGGCAACGAGUGCUCCCUGAUGUCCAUAAGGUGAGAGUCAGAAGAUGUUAUCGAGCGGCCACGUCGAUUCGCGCCGGAGUAGAGCUGUAUGUGUUUUGCGACGCAAGUGAGAGUGGCAUGGCCGCAAUCGCUUAUUGGAGGUUCGAAGAAGAUGGAGUUGUAGAAUACUCUCUCAUUGGAUCGAAAACUCGAGUGGCUUCAAUGCGUUUCAUCUCGAUCCCGCGACUAGAGCUACAAGCGGCGGUGAUUGGUGCCCGAUUAGCGGCUACGAUUGUCAACUCACAUCGAUUAAACAUCUCGCGCACGGUGUUUUGGACAGACUCGCGGAACGUGUUGAGUUGGUUGCGUUCUGAUCAUCGAUGCUACAAUCAAUUUGUAGCAUUUCGGGUCGGAGAGCUGCUCGAAACAACGGAGGUUGAGCAAUGGCGUUGGAUCCCAACGAAAUUGAACGUAGCCGAUGACGGGACGAAGUGGACGAAAACGCCGGAUCUAGCGCCUACUAGUCGCUGGUUCAACGGUCCGAGCUUCCUAUGGGGCUCUGAAUCACUCUGGCCCGCCGUCGAAUCACCAUCUAACAUACAGACACCCCUGAAGAACUACCCUCAUAUGGUACAGGAGCCUAUCAUUAAUUUUCAUCGUUUCUCGAAAUGGAGAAGGCUUCUGCGGACAGUUGCGUACGUGGUGAAAUUUAUCACUAAUGUACGUCGUGUCAUCAGGAGAGUUGUCAUUUUAGGUGAACCGCUGACACAAGAAGAGCUGGCAUGGGCCGAGAAGACCAUCUUCACUCAAAUACAGGCGGACGUGUAUGCGUCUGAAAUACGCUUUUUGAAGAAGGAACCAUCUCAGAUGCAGCAGUGGAAGAGCUGGGUGGAGAAGAGCAGUCCUCUUUACAAACUAUCGCCGGUACUUGACGAACACGGAAUAGUGAGGAUGCGAGGGCGCCUGGCUGGGACGUUGUCGGUCAGCGAAACACUGCAGCAACCGAUCCUUCUCCCUCGGAAGCAUCGUGGAACAGAGUUGCUGAUACUCAGCCACCACGAACGAUACAAGCACUGUAACCACCGCACGGUUGUUAGUGAGCUGUGA